CGAAAUUUUCCGAUUCGUGCGUUGUGUGUAUAAAAUAAAGGAGGGUCGUGGCCAAGCGACGACGAGAUCCGGGGAGGAGAGUGGAGGAGGAGCGACGAUGAAGGUGGUUGACAAGGUGCGUUCGGCGGCGGAGGGAAAUGGCCGGACGGUGUUCUCCUUCGAGUUCUUCCCUCCGAAGACGGAGGAAGGCGUGGAGAACCUCUUCGAGCGAUUGGAUCGCAUGGUCGCCCACAACCCCUCUUUCUGCGACAUCACCUGGGGCGCCGGCGGUUCCACCGCCGAUGUCACCCUAGACAUCGCCAAUAGGAUGCAGAACAUGGCCUGCGUGGAAACUAUGAUGCACUUAACAUGCACGAAUAUGCCUGUGGAGAAGAUCAACCAUGCUCUGAAUACCAUCAAGGCCAAUGGCAUUCAAAAUGUCCUGGCACUCAGGGGGGAUCCUCCUCAUGGUCAAGAUAAGUUUGUUCAAGUGGCUGGUGGAUUUGCAUGCGCCCUUGAUCUGGUGCAGCAUAUUCGAGCUAAGUAUGGAGAUUAUUUUGGUAUCACUGUUGCUGGGUAUCCAGAGGCUCAUCCUGAUAUGAUACAAGGAGAUGAAGGUGCUCCAUUGGAAGCCUAUAACAGUGAUCUUGCUUAUUUGAAGAGAAAGGUGGAUGCUGGUGCAGACCUUGUUAUCACUCAGCUAUUUUAUGAUACAGAUACAUUUCUGAAGUUUGUUGAUGACUGUCGUCAAAUUGGGAUAACCUGUCCAAUUGUACCUGGUAUCAUGCCAAUCAACAACUAUAAGGGCUUCUUACGAAUGACUGGGUUUUGCAAAACUAAAAUACCCCCUGAGAUUACAGCUGCAUUGGAUCCUAUUAAAGACAAUGAAGAAGCUGUCAGGGCAUAUGGUAUCCAUUUAGGGACCGAAAUGUGCAAGAAGAUUUUAGAUCAUGGAAUCAAAACAUUGCAUCUCUACACUCUAAACAUGGAGAAGUCUGCUUUGGCCAUAUUGAUGAAUCUUGGUUUAAUAGAAGAGUCUAAGAUUUCAAGAUCGUUACCUUGGAGACGUCCAACAAAUAUUUUCCGAUCCAAGGAAGAUGUUAGGCCUAUUUUCUGGGCCAACCGUCCAAAAAGUUACAUUUCAAGGACUGUUGGAUGGGAUCAAUAUCCACAUGGGAGAUGGGGUGAUUCUAAAAACCCAUCAUAUGGAGCUUUAACUGAUUAUCAGUUUAUGCGUCCACGUGCACGAGGCAAGAAACUUCAUGAGGAAUGGGCAACACCAUUGAAAUCUGUGGAUGAUGUCAAUGAGAGAUUUAUGAAAUUCUGUCAAGGCAAAAUUAGAAGCAGCCCGUGGUCAGAAUUAGAUGGGCUUCAACCAGAGACAAAGAUAAUUGACGAGCAACUAUCACAGGUUAACUUGAGAGGCUUUCUUACCAUAAACAGCCAGCCUGCUAUCAAUGGAGAGAAAUCUGAUUCUCCUGCAGUUGGAUGGGGUGGACCCGGAGGAUAUGUUUACCAGAAAGCCUACCUAGAAUUCUUUUGUUCCAAAGACAAAUUAAUCGCCAUCACUGAGAAGUGCAAGGCCUUGCCAUCCAUCACCUACGUCGCUGUGAGCAAAGAAGGCGAGUGUAUCUCCAAUUGCACUCUAAAUGCAGUCAAUGCUGUCACUUGGGGGGUUUUCCCUGGAAAAGAGAUUAUCCAGCCAACUGUAGUCGAUCCUGCUAGCUUCAUGAUUUGGAAGGAUGAAGCUUUUGAGAUUUGGACGAGAGGAUGGGCCUGUUUGUUCCCUGAGGAUGAUCCAUCGAGGGAGGUACUAACUCAGGUGCAAAAAAGUUACUUCUUGGUCAGCCUCGUCGAUAAUGAUUACGUUCAUGGCGACCUCUUUGCUGCUUUCAAGGACCUAUGAAAUGAUUCAGUUCUUCGCUUUUUUACUUAUAAUAUUUCAUCAGAGAUGAAGUUGCAGAAUUCUCCGAUGCAUUGCGGUGUUUUUAAAGAAUUCAUCCCUUGUACUAGUCUGCCUCAUUGAUGCUGCUCUAUUUUUCUGUAUGGCAACUCCUGCAAUUUGAUAUUUUUUUCAUCAA